AUGAUGCACCCUGCGCGACAAGCCUAUGUCGAGGAGGCGGCCGAGGAGAUGGACACGGGCAUUGAUCUCGCCAACCUCCCCGUUGACACAGACUAUGAGAUCCCUGCAUCCGCAGCGGGCAUCCCGUCCGAACGGGCAUCUGCCAUCACAGCCCAAUUCGAGCGCAAACGACGCGCCGCCGCCAUGGUGGUGCCCACAGACGAUACCCGCGUGCGCCUACGACUACGAGAGCUUGGCGAGCCCAUUACACUCUUCGGCGAGGGCCCCGUAGAUCGACGAGACCGUCUGCGCGAGCUGUUGACCGAUCUAGCGGAACGACAGGGCGAGGGCGACGUCGAGAUGGAAGAGGCUGAGGAGGAAGAGGAGGUUGAACAACAGGAGGAAUUCUACACAGAGGGCUCAGACGCGCUUCUAGAAGCUCGGAAAGCGAUCGCUCGCUAUUCACUACCGCGGGCGAAGGCGCGAGUAGCACGACUAAAGGAGGAGUCAACGAUCCCGCUGAGGACACACGUUAAGCACCGGAAAGCGGUCAAAGAGAAGCUUGGAGGAUUCGAUCUGUACGGAUCGCAGAUUGCGGGUGACCGGCCAGUCAGCAUUUGUCGAUUUGCACCAGAUGGACAGACCAUCGCUGCUGGAAAUUGGGGCGGCAGCAUCAAGUUGCUGACCGUGCCGAACUUGGAGGAGAAGGCGAACUUGAAGGGACAUAAUGACCGUGUUGGUGGUUUGGCGUGGUUCCCGGGGGCUACACUACCCGAAUCCAACGUUUCACCAUCAAGCGUUAACCUCAUCUCCGGAGGUGGCGAAGGAAAUAUCAACCUUUGGUCACUCGAUUCAGACAAACCUCUAGCCACACUGACUGGACAUUCAGGACGAGUGUGUCGCACCGAGUUCCACCCGUCAGGACGGUAUGCGGCGUCUGCCUCUUUCGAUACGACGUGGCGUCUGUGGGACGUCGAGACCACCACGGAACUGCUCUUGCAAGAAGGCCAUUCACGAGAGGUCUAUACCGUAUCCUUUAACAACGACGGAUCUCUCCUUGCCAGUGGAGGUCUGGACAGCAUCGGUCGAAUUUGGGAUCUACGGACAGGCCGCACGGUAAUGAUUCUGGAGGGCCACGUCCGCGAAAUUUUCGGCAUGGACUGGGGCGUGGACGGAUACCGUGUGCUUUCCGGGUCUGGCGAUGGAUGGGUCAAGUGCUGGGAUCUGCGACAAGUACGAAAUACCGGCGGCAUUGGCGCACACAAGAGUGUGGUAUCGGAUCUUCGCUGGUACAAGGGUGCUGAAUCAGCAUCAUUCUUGCCCUCUACCGAUGGCCAGAUGGAGGUUGAUGGUACUCCAGCACCGAACGGCGAUGCUGGUAUUCGACCUAAGAAGUCUGGUACUUUCUUCGUGUCGAGUGGUUUUGACAAGAACGUCAAUAUCUUCAGUGCUGAUGACUGGUCGUUGGUGAAGACGUUGAGUGGGCACUCGGGUAAUGUCCUCAGUACGGAUGUUAGUGGUGAUGCGCAGUGGAUUGCCAGUUGUGGUCAUGAUCGUACUGUGAAGCUCUGGGGUAUUGAAGGGUAG